UUUUUUUUUUUUAAAUUUUAAUUACCUGCUAAUAUCUUGCCAUGGAUUCUCCACUUCCAGAUUUAUACACUACAGUCAAUUAUACAUUCAUGACUCAUCUCUUCACUUCACUACAGACCAAGAAUUGAAUUGAAAAACAUGUCUCUUUCUCUUCUCUUCUUCCUCUCAUUAAUUUCCCUGUUACUUCUUCCUCUACAAGAAGCAGCCUUUCUCUUACCAAUCCGAAAAGAUCAUACCACACACCAAUACAUCACAACCCUUUACCUAAAAACUCCUCUCCAAGCAACCGACUUUGUUCUUGAUCUAGGAGCUUCCUUUUUCUGGGUAGAUUGCCAUAACAACUACACCUCCACCACUUACCAACACAUUCCCUGCGGUACUCCUCUCUGCGAUUCCUUCGAGUCUCGCGCUUGCGGCAAUUGCUUUGAGCCACCUGGCCCCGCCUGUGCCAACGACACUUGCGAAUUCUUUCCGGAGAACUCAGUCACUCGCCAAGUCAACUUAGAAGCUGCAUUAAUUGACUCCCUCGCUUUGCCUACCACCGAUGGGUCAACUCAGGGUCCGCUCGCUCUCGUCGAAAGCUAUAUAUUCUCUUGUGCGCGUACUUCUCUUCUUCAAGGCCUGGCUAAAGGAGUUUCAGGCAUGGCUGCCAUGGGAAGAUCCAACAUUUCACUGCAAGCGCAACUUAGAGCUGCCUUCUCCGCUCCCAGCUAUUUUGCUCUCUGUUUGUCUGGUUCACGGCAACCUUCCGGUGUGGCUUUUAUCGGUACUAAUGGACCCUACAAUUUCUUGCCUGGAAUUGACGUCUCAAAAUCACUGAGUUACACACCUCUGAUUUUGAAUCCAAUUGGAGGUACCGUUAUCACAUACGUAAAUCAACCGUCUGCUGAGUACUUUGUGGGAUUGACCUCCAUUAAAGUCAACGGUAAGGUGGUGGCUUUGAACCAGACACUCUUGGCCAUUGAUAAUGAGACUGGUUUUGGCGGGGCGAAGAUCAGCACAGUUGUUCCUUACACGAUAUUGCACACCUCAAUUUACAAGGCCGUCACCGAGUCUUUUGUUAAAGAAUCCUCUGCUAUGAACCUCACCCUAACUAAAGCUGCCAAGCCAUUCAGUUUCUGUUACCCUGCAAUGGAUAUAGUAAACACUCGUGUGGGACCGGGAGUACCAGCCGUUGAUCUUGUAAUGCAAGGUGAAGACGUAUAUUGGAGGAUCUUUGGAUCCAAUUCCAUGGUAAGGGUGGCAUCAAAAGGUGUGGACGUUUGGUGCUUGGGGUUUAUGGAUGGUGGGGCCAACCCAAGAACAUCGAUCGUGAUUGGUGGAUAUCAGAUGGAAGAUAAUCUGCUACAGUUUGAUCUAGAAUCUAAUAGAUUGGGAUUUACCUCCUCGCUUCUGAUCAAAGGGACCAAAUGCGCUGACUUCCACUUUACCGCCAUUAAAAAGCCUUGAAAAUUUUACAGCUGUAAUAGUAUUAGUCAAAGUUUGGUGCAAAUAAACGCCUAAUAGAAUCUUGUGCUGUAAGUGUCAUUUUCCACUUUCAAAGAAAAACCAAUACUAUACACUGAGAAGUGAGAAACAAAGAAGCGAC